CAGGCGUACACCGUCGCCACAUCAAAGAGGCAGUUGAUCCGCAUCAAGACGUCAAUGGAGGAUUUGAAGGACGAGAAGAAGUACUGCACCACGGAGAACGCCAAAUUAAGGACUUCGGAUGGGCGUGAGCUUUCGUGCGAUAAGGAUUACAUCCUAACUGAAGAGCAGAAAACCAAUCUGAUGGAGAAAAUCAUUCCUGCUGCAGUCAAACUGCAUGCUGAGCGUCUGCUCGUUGACCCUGAGAGCACUCCGUUGAUUAUACCUCAAUUUAAUCAGAGUACUGAUUGCAGAUUUUUCACUGUUCCUCAAGAUCACCAUAACCCAGGUGUUGAGAAUGCUGACUUUGUACUCUACGUGGCCGCGAAACCUGGUGAUGCGUUUGGUGUUACAUGUGCUAAUAAAGAGCCUUCUGGACGUCCAAUUGCUGGUGGGCUGAACUUUAUUCCAUACCAAACAGUAAGUACUCGCCCUAACGUUCGCCAGGCUGCCCACCAUAUUGCACACGCACUUGGCUUCGACUACGAGCGGAUGAAGAGUCUUGGUAUGAUCUCUGUCAUCACUGUACGUGGAGUGAAACGAGUGGUUGUGAGCUCCGAUAUGACGAAGAAAAUGGCACAGGAACAUUACGGCUGCAGUAAUCUUGAGGGUAUGGAACUGGACUACAGAGAGAGGAAGGUGUUUCGGAUGGAUGUAUCAUCCACGUGGUCAUCGCGGAAUGCAAAGGAUGAGUUGAUGAGCUCUUUACAUGCGUUCGGCGGCGCCUACUACACUGUUUUGACGAUGGCAGCUUUCCAUGACAUGAAAUAUUAUUCUGCCAACUGGGGAAUGGAGGAGCCGAUGAGUUGGGGCAACAAGUCUGGAUGUGAUUUUAUUCGAAAGGGUUGCCUCACAGAGAACGGCGUCUCGAAUUAUCCCAAUGCAUUCUGUACUGAUGAGAGGCUGCGUUGUUCAUCUGAUCGCUUUGGACUUGCAAAGUGCGUCGAUGUGGAUGAGGGAACUGUAAAUGCUGAUAAAACAGGAUCUUGUCCCGUUCUUGUUUCACCUCUUUCUGUUCGUGAAGAUGCAUCUCUUUUUUCUUUUGCCUGCACUGAGCUUGGAGAUGCUGAUUUUCCUGGGUUCUUGACGGGCGAGAACUCGAUGUGCUUGACUACCAAUGAGUAUGAUGUUGAGAAGUAUGGUAACACUACCAAACUUAGCGGAGUGUGCGCACAGGUGUUGUGUGAUAAAAGCAAUCGUAAAGUGAAGGUGAAGUACAGUGGCAUUUUGGAAUUCCAAGAGUGCCCUAGUGGCAGUGAAAUAGCCGUAGGCUCUUCUUCUGCUUCAUUGAAGUUCAAGAGAAUCCACUGCCCCAUGUACACUGAAGUGUGCACCGUUGCCUCUGAUGGCAGCAGUCUUCAUCCACUUGCAAACGCGCCCCAUGACCAGAGUGACAUUGCCCACCGGGUUGGUAUGAAUGGUAACUCUGCAGCGCAUUCCCUCUUACACGCUCUGCUUCUGGCCGUCACUCUUGUGGUGGUGGUGUCUUUGUGA